AUGUCAGAAAUUAUCAUAGUAGGAGCAGGUGUUUUGGGUCUCUCAACGGCAUUCGCCAUCUCCGAAAACAACGAGAGACCUCACACUAUCACCAUCGUGGCUGAACAUGAUCCAGAGUCUACACCAUACUCUAACUACUACACUUCACCAUGGGCAGGUGCACAUUUCCGGCCAUUUCCAUCCAAGAAUGCUGCAGAACUCAAGGAUUACCCAUUGUCUCGUGUGACCCUUGAAAGAUUCAAGAAGUUGGCCAAAACCAACCCAGAGUCAUCGAUCAAGUUCGUAAAAGGUAUGGAAUAUUUUGGUGCUCCAGAUAAGUUCUACACUGGGAUAACUGAAGGUUAUAAGGAGGGAAUUGACAACUUCCGUGUGCUUGAUAAGGAUGAGUUGGUUGGUGAUGCUAUCAUGGGCACGGAAUAUGAUACGUAUGUCAUGAACUCUCCACAUUACCUUCGGUUCCUUUACCAGAAGUUGAAAUUUACCUAUGAUGUGAAGUUUGUUAGUGCAAAGUUGGAAAAGUUGUCUGAAGCCACCAAAUACGCAUCCCGGGCCAACUGUGUGGUGAUUAACUGCACCGGUAUGGGUCUCCAAUGGGAGGGUGGAUACGACGAGACUAGUUUCCCUAUUAGAGGCCAGACUCUCUUGGUGAAUGCUCCAACUGGAUGUAAAUUGGAGAAUUACACAAUAACUCAUCAGCUGAGACUUAAUGAGUGGACAUUUUGCAUUCCACGGCCGUUGGAUGGUGGAAUCAUUCUUGGAGGAACUAAGCAGCCAUAUGCUACUGAUUCGGCACCAAGAGAAGACGAUACACGGGCCCUUUUAGAAAGAGGUGCUGCAAAGUUUCCUGAGUUGAUGAAAACCAACUCAAAGGGAGAAAAGUACUUUGAUGUUGUGAAGGUCAAUGUUGGUUUCCGUCCCGCACGUAAGGAUGGAAUGAACUUUGCUAUUGAGAGCCACGGACCUACGGUGGUAAUUAAUGCUUAUGGAGCUGGGGGCUCUGGGUAUGAAUUCUCCUAUGGAAUUGGAUACAAGGUGUAUGAGUUGUUGAAAGGUACCAAAUCCAAGCUUUAA